CAACAGGUGUGACAUGCCAUUACUAGCAUUCCUUCGAUUUGAAACUGUAAGCUUUUUAUCAUACGGUGUCUUUUUCUCAGCGGAUAUUCGAUGGGCUCUGAUUAAGUAAAUAUAAAGGUAUGCAAUCAUUAUCUGCUGCAUCAUGAGAAAGCUACGCCCGUUUCAGUUAUUUGGAGCUUAUGUCCUCUAUUUCAUUCUUACUGUGGAAAAGCCGUGCAUUUAUGCCUCCAAGCCAAGUGAUGUUCGUAAUCUGAUCGUUUUUGUGGAUCACGCACAUCCAAGCCCGUUCCAAAGAAUUGUUGUUCACAACGGAUCUCGAGACGUAUACGUGAGUGCUAGAAAUUCACUGUACCAUUUUGAUGAAAAUUUGAAAGUGAAGAGCAAAGUAUCGACGGGACCAGAAUUAGACAAUCCAAAUUGUCUUCAUCCUUCCUAUCCUUGCGACAGCAAACGAGUAAUGUCGGAUAAUGACAAUAAGGUGUUGGAAAUUAUUUAUGAUCCGCACCUACCCAUGUUACUUUCGUGUGGGACCUUAUAUCAAGGACUGUGCCAGGUGCGACCUAUUGGCAAAUUAGUGUCUAACAGGUUCAGUUGGGUAGGCCCAUUUAAUGAGAGCGUGGGCUUUACGGCUGGAAAGAAUUCGACGAUAGCAUUUUUUGCCCCUGGUUAUGGUAGACAAACGUCAUUGUAUUCGGCGGCGACGUAUGAUGAUCGUCCUUUGGAAUACUCUCCUGCUUCAGUUUCCAGUAAAGUGUUGGUGCGCAAGGACGACAACUCGGAAUACAAAUUUGCUUUCGAAUAUUCAUAUCAAUCAAAUACUUCCUUCACUGGUAUCAAUUUCGACAACCGCUACAGGCGACUGUACAAGGUGAAUUAUAUAACAGGCUUUGGACAUGGUAAUUUCACGUAUUUCCUGACCACUCAGCGAGUUUCUACAGAGUCGGAAGCUAUCGAGACCAGACUUGUUCGUGUUUGUAACAAAGAUCGUCGAUUCUUCUCAUAUACCGAAGUUGCUCUUCGUUGUAACCAUGGUUUAGAUGUUUACAACAUGGCGACAGCAGCUUAUUUAGGAGUAGUCGGCUUUGAGUUGCAAAGACGGCUUAAUCUGCGCACGAUGAUAGAUGUUCUGUACGUGUCAUUUGUUAAGACGGUCCCUGAACAUGGAACAUUAGUGGAUACCAGCAAAGGUUCGGUAGUGUGUUCUUUCCCAAUGUCUACUGUAAUUGGAUCUUUCACCAAUGCGACGAGAGACUGCUUCAAGGCGGAGACGAGGACUCAUAUAUUGAAGCAUAUUACUGGCAUCGACAUGUCUUGUAAGAAAAAGGUAGAGGUUGAGGUUAGUGACAGCUUCUGUGGAUCCGCUUUUAACAGCUACAUCGCUGGCCGAGAGACCAUUCAGGGUGGCAUUCGAACUUAUAUCGACGCUACUAUAACAUCUUUGGCCAUCACUCUGCAGAAGGAAAAAACCAUUGCUGUUAUUGGAACGGAUGCUGGAGAUGUUUGGAAGGUCAAUUUGGACAAGGUGUUAAACUUAGAAAAGAGAGACCAGCAAAUUUUGUAUACGAGGAACAUCGCGGAUGAUGAAGGUGGCAAGGCUAUCCAGCAGUCAAAUUCUUUUGAUUUCAGUCAUCAGAACAUUUACUUUCUUACGGGAAAUAAGGUGGUGAAAUAUCCAAUCGGUUCUUGUUCCGUGUAUACGGAUUGUGGAACAUGUCUGAGUACUACCGAUCCUCUGGAAUGUGGUUGGUGUGGAGGGUAUUGUGCGCAUUAUGAGGAAUGUGAGACACCCAGUUCUUUGACGAAAAAUGUCUGUUUUCCUGUCAUUUAUGAGGUGUAUCCCUUGCAGGGUCCCACAGAGGGUGGAACACUGAUCACCAUAGUUGGCGACAAUUUCGGAACUUCUCAUAGUGGAGAAUUAAGUUCUCAAAUUUCUGUCAACGUCGCUGGAUUUCCUUGCGAGAUACAUUUGUGGGAGAAAGAAAAGGUUCAGUGCAGAACUUCGCCGGUUCCAGAUAUAACUUCAGGUCCAAUAAAGAUCAACGCGACUGAUAUAUCGUGGUCUUCCGGAACCUAUGACAUGAAAGGAGUUGCUUACAGUGCUCUAAAUUUUAAUUAUGUUGUUCCAUCCGUGCUUAAAAUCUAUCCAAACAAAGGACCCGUGUCCGGCGGUACAAACAUCACGCUAUUGGGUGAAUAUUUGAAUGCUGGAUCUGAAUACAGUGUUAUUGUCGCUGGAGCACGAUGUUUGAACAAGAGGGUUCAAGGAAAUAUAUCAUGGUGCAUCACUGACAACUUCAAAAAUUCUCCGAAAAGUGAAAAUGCUGUUUUGCCUUUUACUGGUGAAGUAAAAGUGCGUAUCGACGAUGCCAACGUCGAAAUUACUGGUUUCUCAGAAUUCGUGUAUUUUCCCGAUCCGGAAAUAUAUUAUUUUCAUCCGCAGUCGACGACUGUGAGUGGAACCACGAAAUUAACUGUAACCGGCUUGCAUUUGAAUAGUGUUGAGAGACCCAAAAUGGUUGUUAUCGUUGCCUCGCCCUUAACGGGAGAAAAGCUUGAAUUCCAGCAACCUUGUUAUCUAAUGGAAAGUGUCCACAAUGGAACUAAAAUGGAAUGUUGGACACCGCCAUUAAGAAAUUCAGGUUUCCAUGCUCCAACUGAAAGAGCUCCGUUGGUAACCCACAUUGCUUUUAUAAUGGAUGGAGUGCAAAAAACCAGAGAUUUUCCUAUGCUAAACCAAACUCUGUCACAGCUUUUGUAUUAUCCGGAUCCAGAAUAUGAACCGUUCGAGGGAACUGUGAAGAAAGUGGUUUACGAUCAUACACUUCUGGAAAUAAAGGGUAAAUAUUUGAAUUUGGCUCAUUCACCUACUGACAUAAAAGUCUAUAUAGAUGGCAAUAAGACAUGUAAUGUUUCCAGUAUAUCAGCAGAAAAUCUGUAUUGUAUUAUACCACCACCUAAUGUCUUCUCACAAAGCAAUGGAUCUUUGUAUUCUGUUGAGUUAUUUCCAUCAGCCGGAUUACCUGGCCGAUAUGCUAACUACCCAGUGGACCAGCUGCCUUGCUGUCGGUGGAAAGAAAAAGAAAAGCACUUUAUGUGGGACAUAUAUGGCCGUUAG